UGAAGGCCAACAUUUGGACCGGAAGUCUUCUACUCCGCGUUCUGCUUGACUGUACGGAAGCGCUCUCCUUUCUGCAGGAGCAGAAGAAGAAGCAGCCGAAGCAGUAGCAGCAGCAGAAGAAGAAGCUGCAGCUUCGUCUCGUCUGUCCGCCUGAACGCGACUCUUCUCCGGCCACGAGCCCUCCGGACCCCCGGGGACCUCCACACGAAGCCGCAGCUCCUCCGGCGAUGGCGCGGCCGAGCCACAGCGACCACGUCCUCCAGCAGCUCAACAGCCAGCGCGAGUGGGGCUUCCUGUGCGACUGCCUCAUCGCCAUCGGGGACUUCUACUUCCGGGCGCACAAGGCGGUGCUGGCGGCCUGCAGCUCGUACUUCAGGAUGAUGUUCAUCCGGGACCAGCAGGGGGCGGCCCGGCUGGACCUCAGCAACAUGCAGAUCAGCGCCGAGUGCUUCGACCUCAUCCUGCAGCUCAUGUACCUGGGCCGCAUCGCGGGGGGCGGCUACGAGUUCCAGGAGCUCAAGGCCUCCAUGGCGGAGCUGCAGAUGUACUACGUCCCCGACUCGCCGGAGGACCUCCGGGGCGCCGCCCCGGACCCGGCCGCCUCCUCCGCCGGCGGGAAGAUGAUGUUUGGAGUCCGCAUGUACGAGAAGCAGCGGCCCGCCGCGCCGGAGGCGGAGCAGCUACCGAGAGCCGGCGCCGGGCGUCCGGCGGCGGCAGAGGAGGCGGCUCGUCUUCUAGCGGCGGUGGACGGGCCGGGAGAUCAGCCGUGUGACCUGAGGAAGAGGCCCGGCGGCAGGAGCUCGGCCCUCAAAGACCGGCCCCGGUUCGGCCGGACCUACACCUGCGACGACUGCGGCUUCGUCUUCAGCUGCGAGAAACUUCUGAUCGAACACAUCCUGACCUGCACCAACCGGAAGGCCUUCCACCGGCCGGGAGGCGGCGGAGACGACUCCAGCAAAGCCGGGAGCUCCGCCUCCGAGAGCGUGGAGGAACACCGGGUCGUCUGCAAAGGAGAGGACGACUGGCCCGAAGCCGGGGCCGACUCCGACCUCGCCGCCAGGACGGACGGCGAGGUCGGGUCCACCCCGAGCACCUCCGUCAAGACGGAGCCGGAAGAAAGCGCCAUCCCCGAGAUGGAGGCGGUCCGGCUCGGGGACCCGCAGAGGGAGAACACCGGGUCGGACCGCGACCCGGAGCCCGGCGUCUCGGGGCUGGAGGCCGGCGAGCCUCUGGAGGGCCGCGGGUCCAGCAGCGACGAGUCGGGGGCCCCCCCGAAGCUCCGCAAGGUCAAAGAGGAGCGGCGGGACGGCGGCGCCCCCUGCGAGCUGUGCGGCGCCCUGCUGGCGGAGGAGGACCCGUCGGCCCACUACCUGGCCGCCCACAUGGGGCACAUCUGCGCCUGCGGGCGCUGCGGCCAGGUGCUGAUCAAAGGCCGCCGGCUGCAGGAGCACGCGGAGCGCUGCGGAGAGUCGGACUCCCACGGCGAGGACGACUCCCUGCCCUCGGACCGGGCCCGCUGCGGCCCGCUGCUCCAGAACCAGCGCCUGGAGCACGGCGCCUCCUGCCACGACCGGGAGCCGUUCCGCCCGGCGCUGCCGGAGGAGGCCGGCGACCUGGACCGCCGGCGCAAACACUUCUGCGGCAUCUGCGGCAAAGGCUUCUACCAGCGCUGCCACCUGCGGGAGCACUACACGGUGCACACCAAGGAGAAGCUGUUCAGCUGCGCCGCCUGCGGGAAGCAGUUCCUGCGCGAGCGCCAGCUGCGGCUGCACACCGACAUGCACAAAGGCACGGCGCGCUACGUCUGCCCCGUCUGCGACCAGGGGACCUUCCUCAAGCACGACCACGUGCGCCACAUGAUCUCCCACCUGGCGGCCGGGGAGACGCUCUGCCAGGUGUGCUUCCAGAUGUUCCCCGGCGGAGAGCAGCUGGAGCAGCACAUGGACGUCCACCUGUACGUCUGCGGCGUCUGCGGAGAGAAGUUCCGCCUCCGGAAAGACAUGAGGAGCCACUACAACUCCAAGCACACCAAGAGGCUCUAGGACCCCAGACACCCAGACCCCCAGGACCCCAGACCCCCAGGACCCCAGGACCCCAGGACCCAGACCCCCAGGACCCCAGGACCCAGACCCCCAGGACCCCAGACCCCCAGUCUGCUACUAGAUAAAUACACGAGAACAAAUUAAUGCACUUGAGCACCAAAAAGACAUUCUGCACUUUUACCAUAUAUAUGCACCGGAGCAGCUGAUUGGUCAAUACGAGUCAAUCGAGUGUACCUGUCCACGGCGAGUUAACUAGUUGGACAGGUAACUAACUAACCAGCUAACUAGAUGUGUAUUAGUUAUAAUAUUGAUCUUUACAUGCUAGCUGUUUUAAUGUGUACGCGAUGGAACCAAAUAGUUAUUGAUCGGUGGAGCUGAUCGGUGAUCAGGACCUGGUGGUCCUCUGUGAUUGGCUGUGUGCUCACGUGCUCUCUGAUUGGUGCCUUGCCUGUAACUGGUGCAUGCUGGGGGAUGAAUGUUAAAAGCCCAGGUGGUGAUGACCCCAGAGGGGUCAGUGAGCGCCGAGCCGACCCGGGUGGAGGGGAUCCAGACCGCCACGCAGACCCGGUCCAGGAAGGCUUUGAGCCGAAGCUCCUGAAGCAACAAAAGGAAACUCCUUGAGAUACUGAUUAUUGAUUAUUGAUUCCUGAUCCAUGUGACCAGAUCCUGUUGAUUAGCAGCCGCUCCACAAGGAUCCAGAUUAUUAUUGUUCUUAUUAUUUCACCGUGGUCCCAGAACAGUGAACUUUCUAAAUACUCAGUAACGAGUGUUUCUGUCUCCAUGGAAACAAUCAAUAAAAGAUAACACAUG